UAGUUUUUUGGUUAUAAUAAUAUAUUAAUAAAUCCCGAAGGACAAUGCAUCUGUGCAGUAGGAGCUUAAAAAUAUUUGGAAAUGGAUCCAAGCUGCUAGUGGUUUCCCAAGGAGGGGCACUCCCACUACGUACGCAGAAGACUCUGCCAGUUUAUGAGAAAAAUUUUGGCCUCGAAAAAGCAAAAUACUCACCAUUUGGAGGAAACCAAUCAUCUACGGGCGAGUGGGCGGUGGCCAGAUUGGAUGACCUGGUGAACUGGAGCCGCAAGGGUUCCAUUUGGCCAAUGACUUUCGGCCUGGCCUGCUGUGCGGUGGAGAUGAUGCACUUCGCCGCUCCCAGAUACGACAUGGAUCGCUAUGGUGUCCUCUUCCGGGAAUCUCCUAGGCAGGCGGAUUGCAUGAUUGUGGCGGGAACUCUGACCAAUAAAAUGGCUCCGGCUUUGAGGAAGGUUUACGACGAAAUGCCCGAUCCAAGGUGGGUCAUUUCAAUGGGCAGUUGCGCCAACGGAGGAGGCUACUAUCACUACUCCUACUCGGUGGUGCGUGGCUGUGAUCGGAUUGUUCCGGUGGAUAUAUAUGUUCCGGGAUGCCCGCCAACAGCGGAGGCUCUCAUGUACGGCGUACUGCAGCUCCAGAAGAAAAUAAAGCGGAUAAAAACGGUUCAGAUGUGGUACAGAAAGUAAUUUUCUUGCUUUUUAAUAAAACAUUCGUUGUUCAUACACUUA